AGGUCCAGCUUCAGGCACAGCCUCAGAGGGCCAUCGAUGACAAAUAAGACCAACGUGUGAUCGCCAUGAAUAAACUUGUUCUACUUGCUUCAGAUUAAGUACUCGAAUACUUUAUUUCUCGUGAUGAAGCCACUUUCUUACUCCUCAUGAUAUGAAGAUAUUGCUUUUUCCCCUUCAUAUUAAUGCCGAGUAGUCCGCUUUUCGAGUUACGGGUUGCUCGAGUUCUGUCGAGUUGCCACGAGUUGCCGAGGCGCACAGUCAGGCCCAACCCGGAGCGAGUUGCUAACGGUUUCCUCUGGGCAGCUUGCCACUUUGAAAGCGCCGCACUCCGCGGCGGUAUGGCGGGCCAAGAAGCCACGGAGUUCAGAAGAAAGCCGCGGCCUGUUGUCUCUUGGCAGAUCUGCCGCCUGUACACGCCCCGGCUGAGCUCUUCGGGGCUUGAGCUUCGCGAAAGUAACAAGGCGAAGCUCGGGGCCUUUUUUGUUUGAGUGGCGCGGGCCCGUGCCUUGCGAGGUGCAGCGCUUCCUUCGUUGUGUCGGUGUCUCUGCAUAGUCGUGCGCUGAUGUCGGUCGCGGUCUGGCUACGCUGGUUCAUUUUUUUGCUGAUGAGUGGCCAGCUCGUUCGACUUCUUGGGGCCCGAGAUUCGCGAGUAUAUGAGGGCGCCCGGCUUGUUUUUUAGAACGGGGCCCCCUUCAGCAGCCAGCCUCACGCCCUGGCGCCCAUUUGUUUGCGCUGUGGUGGACUUACUGGGUGGCGCGCCGCCUAGUGAGUAGCUAGCAUCACAAGCAAGGCCCUCCUGAGUAAGUGGAUGCAUCUGAAUCGAGUGGCUUUAUUUGUGUAGUUGUUUUACAGGGCAGCAGCUUUACUAGGUACGUAGGCUCGCUAACUUAGUAACACAUAACUACGAGAGCAGGGGCCCCGGGUGGCGCUGCUCCUGUCUGCCCCGCGCAUGCAGCGCCUCGCAGAGUGAGAAGAGACGCUACCGGAGGCGUUCGCUUUUGGGGGUGGUUCUGGUUCGCGCUCCUGGGCAACGUAUUGGACGCAUCGAAGCCAGUGCCUGCGCCCGAAGGGCGCAGCGGCCAUUUUUUUGGUGUGGAACUCGUUCAACUCGAGCAACUCGGCCUGAUAUCGGGCGGAAGAGUCUAAGUAGUUCUAUAGUGGUUUUCUGGAGUCCCACUGCGUCACUAUAUAGCCACCAGCUUGCAGCUUGUUUUCCCAAUUUCUUUUUCUUAUGCCUGACGUCUAGGCAAUGGCAGACGAGAAGUAUCGAGAUACGCAUAAGCAGUUGUUCGUUGAUUUAACCACCAUAUCCCAAUAACAACAUGACCACGUCAUCAUGUAUCGGGCGCACGCCGCGCGUAUUGGUUUGGGGCGCUCUCGCUUUCUCGGUUCUGCGUCUUCUGCAGGGGUUGUUCUCAGCAUCUCCUGAACAAGAUUUGGUGGCGCAACUAUUCGGCGUUCAUUCCUCUGGGACCGCAGGAGAUGGUCAGGGUCACACAGCAGGUAAAGAUCCAAGUGCUGCUGCUGCUGCCCCAUCCUCGGUACGGACAUCUUCAAAUUCAAAUAGUGACUCGUCUUCAAGUUCAGAACUCUUCUCGUCUGCAUCUACCUCGCACAGUCUAGCUGAAACAAGUUCAAAAUCGUCUCUAGCGUCGACCACUUACUCGAGUAGCUCCCGGAGCAGAUCACCGGACAAUAAUGGUUCCGAACCCACCAGCGCCUUGUCUUCAUCUAGUAGUGCAUCAUCAGCGUCUCUCGCCUCAGCAAAGUCAACAGCUUUAGAUGGUACACCUUCUAGUUCUACCUCGGACUCCAAAACUAGAGAAUCGCAGCGGCCGCUCGACCUAUCAAGUGGGGAAACAGCGAGAAUCGAGCCGUCAUCAAGCGCCUUGGGCGAUGUACCGAAAGCCGCGGUGGACAAAGGCGCCUUAAGGCCGUGGUUUGCGCGUCCUGAGGACAGUGUUCGCGACGAGAUUUCAAAUGUGCCAGCAGGAGGAGAUGGAGCAGGAGAAUCUUCCUUAGUUGGAACUAAUCCGGCUUUGCCCGUUGAAACUUCUGGAGCAACUGCUUCAUCUAAAGAUUUUUACUCCUCUAGAACUAGUGGCAGUGCCGGUGGUCCCCUUCUCUCGCCAACUCGGGUUUCGUUACGAAAUAGAUCCCCCCAGACAUGGUCAAAAGGAAACAUGAGGUACCCGAUACAGAAUUAUCGGGGGUCGAAGAGCCUCGGAUCAUUACCAUCUUCUAGUAGUUUUGCUUUGGCUACCGGGACAACAUCAUCUUCAUUUUCUAGGACUUCUAGUGCGAGGCCUGCUAGUUCCAAUCCAUCCACAGGAUCUUCGUCUUUGGCAGCGACGCAGACCACUGAGGCUCAAGUCAUGAAGCAAGGCGUUUCGGAAGUCCAAUACGAUGCUGGCUCAGGGUCGUCUGUUCCAGUUGAAGCGGCGGACGCGGGUGACCCGACACAUAAUUCACGCGAGGCGGCGUUUGAGAAAAUCUACCAAACGGGGGCUUGGUUUGGCGGUGGCUCAGGUUCGGGUCCGGGUUCGCGUGUCGACGCCACUGUGGGCUUGCGACGACACCUACACAGCUACAUUACGCGCAACAACAUCGAUAUCAUGUUCGAUGUGCCCUGCGGAGCUAUGGAGUGGACGGCGGUUUUCUUGAAGGAGGUCUGGAAAACGCGACCAAAUUUCCAGUACAUCGGAGUAGACAUCGCGCGCAUACCGCUCUCAAGAGCACGACUGCGCUUCCAGAGCACUGAGACCCGGGUCCAACUUCUGCGUGCUGACCUAUCCUUAUCAGAACCGGCCAACACGCGCACAAUGCGCCGUCUGGGUGCAGCUUUGCUCAAGGCAGAGAAAAACAUUCAAAUGAACAAUGUUCCUGAUGUCGCUGCUUCUCUAGCAGAGCUUGAACCAGAAACUAAAAGGGAAGUUCUUGGAGAUAGUGCUACAACGAGGGACGCUAAGAGUCGUCUAAGUCAAGAUGUUGGCAGCAACAAAGCUGAUGCUGUCGAAAGUUCAGCUGUCGCAACCAGCAGGAAUAGCACGCUAUCCAGCAGCACGACCAAAGAGCGAGAGGUAGCUUCAGCAUCAAGUACACCCAGCACAACUGCUUCUUCUAAUGAUGUGUCCACUUCACUUGCCAAAACGGAUGUAGGUCAUGAUACAACCGCUCCGAAAAUAAUAGCGUUGACAAGGGAUGCGCUUCAGCAUCUCUCGUUGCAAGCGGCCUGUCAGUUUAUCCGCAAUAUACGAGACAUGACGGUCCAGAAGAACCACGUUUUGGAUACCUGGUUGAUCGGCCACUACCCCGGUGGGCAGAAUUCACCGGUACUCGUUUUUUUGUUUACUGAUGAUAUUUCAGAUUGGCUUCUCGUUCUCCUAUAUGCUCAUGUAACUUUGAAUCAGCAUCAAGUUCAAGAGAAUCUUGUUCUUGUUUUUGAUCUUAGAUACACAAAUGACCAUGGAGAAUUUUUCGCUCUUCUACAACUAGUGCCGCUUACUGCUUUAUUGCAUUUAUCAGAGCGCAAUAGAUGGGGGACUAAUCGACAACAACAUGGACCGGUGGCCUUAUCGCCUUGGGCAUCCGGAGACCGUUCUAAAAGAAUCGGGUUAUCUGCCGUCAGAUGCGCCGACGAAACACCUUGCCGUGUUUCGUCCCUGGCAGAAAUGGCGUGACACCACUUUCGAGGCUUGCGGAAGUGUGGAGUCGGCUGCUUCAAGCAACUACCCAUCUUCUUAUCGAAGGUAA